AUGACCAUCAUCAAUUCAUAUACUGCACAAGAGACUUGUGGUCUGCGUGGAGAACCUGCAUAUCCACAUUUAUGGAAAGAUGGUGAUAUUUUGGUUGGAGGAAUUUUCCCCUUCCAUUUUAAAUGGGAGUUCACAGACUUGUCCUAUUCAUUUAUGCCUCCUACGAUGAAAUGUACAAGUAUGGAAUUCAGAGCCUUCCAGUAUUCACAGACCUUGAUCUAUGCAAUAGAGGAGAUCAACAACAGUUCAUCUUUACUGCCUGGAGUCUCACUGGGCUACAGGAUCUAUGAUACCUGUGGUUCUCCAGCACAGGGCGUCAAAGUAGCAAUGGCACUUGUAAAUGGAAAUGAAAACUCAACUACAGCUCAGACCUGCACAAAGCCAGCCCAAGUGCAAGCCAUAAUAGGAGAGACAUAUUCAUCAGUGUCCAUGGCCAUAGCAAAGAGUAUUGGACCAUUCGGCAUCCCUUUAAUAAGUUACUAUUCUACAUGCGAGUGCCUCAGUGAUAAAAAGAAAUACCCUUCAUUUCUGCGCACUAUUCCCAGUGAUUAUUACCAGACGAUAGCACUUGCAGAAAUGGUAAAACACUUUGGCUGGACCUGGGUGGGAGCAAUACGAAGAGAUGAUGAUUAUGGUAACAAUGGGAUGGCUGCAUUUAUUAAAAUUGCUGAACAGCUUGGUAUAUGUUUAGAAUACUCCCUUCCAUUUUUUAGAACCUACUCACAAGAAAGAGUUUUGAGAAUCGUUGAGCAAAUUAAAAGUUCCACUUCACGGGUGAUAGUGGGAUUUAUCACUCCCCGGGAAUUUGAAAUUUUGCUGCAUGUGUUUUUUGAGCACAACAUAACUGGAUAUCAGUGGGUUGGAACUGAAGGCUGGAUUGCUGAUCCAGUUGCAGCCACAUUGGAUAAAUACAAUAUAUUGCAAGGAGCAAUAGGACUAGCUAUACCCAAAACAACAGUCACUGGUCUGAAUGACUUUAUUCUAGAUAUAAAGCCAAUGAAAUCAGUAGGCAGUGCCAUUUUUAUCAAAUUUUGGGAAGCUCUGUUUACUUGUACAUAUACAGGGCAGAAUAAUUCAGGGAAUAUACCAAUGUGCACAGGUGAAGAGAAACUGUCUCAGGUGAAAAACACCUUCACUGAUAUGUCCAUGAUGCCAAUUUUUAGUAAUGUUUAUAAAGCAGUAUAUGCCAUUGCUCAUACAUUACAUGAACUUCUUGGCUGCAAAGAAACAUGUCCUAUAAAGAAGCAGCCUGAUCCUUUAACAUUUCUAGAACAACUGAAAAAAGUGUCUUUUAAGACAAAAGAAGGUGAAGCCGUUUACUUCGAUGAAAACGGUGAUCCUCCUGCGAAAUAUGAAAUAAUAAACUGGAGGAAAAAUAAAGAAAACCAGUAUGAAUUCAUCACAGUUGGACUGUAUGACUCCUCUCUUCCUGCUCAGAAUCGAUUAGUAGUAAAUAUGACUUCAAUUUUAUGGGCACAAAAUUCAAAUCAAGUGCCGAAAUCUGUAUGUAGUGAAAGUUGCUCCCCCGGCACAAGGAAAGCUGUGCAGAAAGGAAAGCCCAUCUGCUGUUUUGACUGUAUACCAUGUGCUGCAGGAGAGAUCAAUAAUAUGUCAGAUUCAAUCAAAUGUGAGCAAUGCCAGCAAGAUUACUGGUCUAAUCCAGACAGAAAUCAAUGCGUAAAGAAGGAAAUUGAAUAUUUGUCCUAUGAUGAAACUAUGGGGAUUUUGCUAGCAGUGGUUUCUAUUGUCGGUUUAUUUAUGACAAUACUAACAGCAUUCAUAUUUUUCAAAUAUAAAAAUACACCAAUUGUCAAAGCCAACAACUCUGAACUGAGUUUCCUACUGCUCUUCUCACUGGCUCUGUGUUUCCUCUGUUCACUUACUUUCAUUGGACAGCCCUCUGAGUGGUCCUGUAUGCUGCGCCACACAGCAUUUGGAAUCACAUUUGUCCUCUGUAUCUCCUGUGUUCUGGGAAAAACCAUUGUGGUGUUAAUGGCCUUCAGAGCUACACUUCCGGGCAGCAAUGUCAUGAAAUGGUUUGGAGCUCCACAACAGAGACUCAGUGUACUUGCAUUCACUCUCAUACAGGUUCUUAUUUGUGUGCUUUGGUACAAUAUCCCUCCUUUCCCUUUCAAAAAUUUAAUGCACUACAAGGAAAAGAUCAUUCUUGAAUGCAGUUUAGGCUCAAACUUCGGUUUCUGGGCUGUACUAGGUUAUAUUGGACUUUUAGCACUUUUAUGUUUUAUUUUAGCUUUCUUAGCUAGGAAACUUCCGGACAAUUUUAAUGAAGCAAAAUUCAUCACAUUCAGCAUGUUACUGUUCUGCGCAGUUUGGAUUACUUUUAUACCCGCUUAUGUCAGUUCUCCAGGAAAGUUCACUGUAGCUGUAGAGAUAUUUGCUAUUUUAGCAUCAAGCUUUGGGUUACUCUUCUGUAUCUUUCUUCCAAAGUGUUACAUAAUCAUCAUGAAGCCAGAGAAGAACACUAAAAAGCAACUCAUGGGAAAAGGGCCAGUUUAG